AUGACGACCGAAGACCCCAGCAAAACAUGCCCAUAUAUUUGUCCAACAACGAUAAAACCAGCAGGAGAGACUAUAUCUUAUCUGGAAGCUGGAAUGUCGCGAGGUCCAGAAAACCCACACGCUUCUCCUUACGUCCCUGGCUUGAUACAACCUCCUGAGAAAAAGAUUUAUCCUCCAGGAGCACCGCCAAGGUAUCUACCGCAGCCUACAGACUCUACCAGUGGGGAUAUUCUAGGCAUGGGCCCAAUUGGACCUUGGGCUCCAGGACACAUCGACUGGACGCCACACGCGGGAACAACAGGUGUUCGACCUGUGGUAGACAAAUACUCUAUUACUAGAUAUUCGACAGGCGAGUGGAGGAAGAACAAUGAAUAUGUUUUAACUCCAAGAGCGACGGAUAAAGCUAGAAACUGGGAAACGACCACAAAAAAAGAUUUAGCAAAUGCUUUCUCUGGAAUGGAUAACAAAUUGGCAGACGUCAAUAACAAAUUAGAAAAACGAGUUAAAGAUUUGAGCCAUUGGAAGAGAGAAGUGGAAAAAGCAGUUCUGGCUAUUACUGAUGAAAUAAACGUGUUAGAUCAGGAUAGAGGUAGGCUUAAAGGUGCUUGUAGGAUCUUGAUGCUUCCUGAAGCUAUUUCUAGAGAAUGCCUAGAGCUUAGGACCAAUAGAUAUGAACCAGAUUUAGUAAGAGAUGAUGCUGAACAAGAGUUAAUCAAAGAAGUGGCUAUAGUUGGAGAAAUAAGGCGAGUGUUCAUGGACACUUUAGCCAAAGUUGAGGAACAAAUGUCCAUGAACAAAGCGGCUAAAGCAAGCAUUGAAUUUGAUUGGAGCGACAAAAUGGUUUCCUUGAAAUUGGAUACGCAGAAUUUGAAAUUGUCACCAGAUUCGAAUUUAUUGUUAUGGCACCCUGGUGUCGCCCGGUGGCCAGAAAACGCCACAACCUUAGAAUAUUGGGAGCAUUUCUGUAGUGAAAGCAUCAGAAACUGCGAGGAAGUUCGACAGAAAUCUGAAAAUUUACGAGGUGAUCUCAUGACUGCGAUCGUCAAAGGCUCUCAAGACAUGAAGAUUCAAGCCGAGAGAACCAAUGCAGCACUCGCCGAAACUGUGUCUGCUACCGAAGAAUUGUGCGAGAAGUUAGAAGAAACUUUAAAAAUCAACUUACAGCAACUUGCACAUAUAGAGAAUUUGAUAGAUGAACUUAAAGAUUCUUUAAGGAAGGUAGACGAAAGAAAUAAAUUGGUGAUGACGAGACUACAUGCUAGGAACUAUGACCGUCCUAAUGUCGAAAACUGCAGAGACGAGGCCCAAUAUGCUCUGAUGGCUGAAGCUAAGUUUGUAAGAGAAACAUGCGAGUCUCUAUCUGGGAAACUGCGAGAGGCCGAGAUCAUUAGAUCGGAUUUGAUGAAGUACAGGGGCGAAUUGGAAAAGCAGAUCGCUUGUAAAAGGAAAAGUUUGAAUAUUGAUCUAGACAGGUGCGCCAGAGUUAGAGCUCACAUGCCCACUCCUGAAGAAUUUGCAGCUGGAUGACUUAUUAUUAAAAUUGGAAAAUU